UGCUUCUCUGUCAGUGUACACGCCUCAGCCACGGCCAUCUGCAUUAAACCAGCUGCUGUUGGCAAUUACUAUCUUUCUAAGAACUUAUCUAACCCUGGGGACAAGGGAGGACAGAAUGAAUAAAGCAGACACUGACAGAAAUAUAAAGAAAAAUCAACAUGUUCUGCUUUGUGUGGCCAUUAUGGGAAUCAUUUUUGUUGUGCUGGCAUCAGUCAUCAUCAUCCUCAGUAUCCGCAUGACAACAGUCUUGUCAGAGGAAAUGAGAGAAAACAUCAGUUUAAUGCGGAAGGAGAACGAGGACUUACAGAGACGGACAGAAGAGUUGAUCAGAGAGAAAGAAGGACUCAACUGGACCAUCGGGGUCAUCCUGGAAUAUGACUCCUUUCCAGUCCAUAUUCACUGCCCAAACACAGUGUGUAGACCUUGUAUGGAUGGCUGGAUACAAUUUCAAUCAAAAUGUUACCUGUUCUGUAAAUCCCCCUUCUCAUCCAAAUGGAGGACAUGGCAGGGAAGUCGUGAUUUCUGCAGACAAAAGCAGGCAGAGCUGGUGGUGAUUGAAAGUCCGGAGGAACAGGAAUUCAUCUCUAACCAUACGGAGUACUACUACGAUGAAUAUCAUGGCUUUUGGAUUGGACUCAGCAAUAAGAAUCAAAUGAACACAUGGAUGUGGGUUGACGGAAGUCACGUCACACUGAGUUACUGGACAGCAGAUCGUGGCUACAGAACAUCAUGUGUUCUAAGUAUACCAAAGGCAGAUCCACUGGCCAACUGGAAGAAAGUGAGCUGCUCCAUGGUGAACCUCUUUAUCUGUGAAACUACAGCCUUGAUCAAACCAGACUGUUCCAGCAUCUGGAGGGCGGCGUCGAGCUGUGAGUUUGUCUCCACUGAGACUGGAGGACUGUGCGUAUGUUCCCCAACCAAAAACCCUGGUUUAAUGGGGACGUACGACCACGGGGAGUACAAGAGAGCCCGGUACGAGCUGCAGAAGUCCAUCAGAGCAGCAAAGAGGGCUCACUCCCAAAAGCUUGAAGGCUACUACCACAACCACAACACACGCAGCAUGUGGCAGGGAAUCCAGUCUGUCACAAACUACAGGAGGACCACAACAACCAAAGACCCCCGGGAAGUCACGCUCCCAGACAGCCUGAACAACUUCUAUGCGAGGUUCGACAGGCUGAACACAGACUCACCCUCAAAAACCCCCUGUGACCCCACGGACACUGUCUUCCAGGUGACACACACACAGGUCCUGAAGGCUCUGAAGAAGGUGAACCCCCACAAAGCGGUGGGACCCGACGGAGUGCCUCCCAGAGUACUGAAGGCCUGUGGAGAACAACUGGCCGGUGUGUAUACCGAUAUCUUCAACACAUCACUAUCUCAGGCUGUAGUCCCCCGUACCUUCAAAACCUCCACCAUCAUACCAGUCCCUAAAAGACCAGACACACCCACCCUAAAUGACUUCAGGCCAGUGGCACUCACACCAGUCGCCAUGAAGUGCCUGGAAAAAUUAGUCCUCACCCACAUCAACAACAUGGUUCCAGACACUAGCAGCAGGACGUAUGCCAGGAUGCUCUUCCUGGACUACAGCUCUGCAUUUAACACCAUCCACCCAGGCAGACUGACCGUAAAGCUGGCAGACCUUGGAGUCCCUACUCCCACUUGCAACUGGAUCCUGGACUUCCUGACCGAAAGGCCCCAGGCGGUGAAGAUGGGAGGACGGGACAGCUCCAUCAUCAUUAAAUACGCUGAUGACACCACCAUCCUGGGGCUCAUCAAGGGGGGAGACGAGUCAGGAUACAGGGCCCUGGUCAACAACAUCAUUGUCUACGGAGAGGAGAACGACCUCCUCCUCAACACAGACAAGACCAGGGAAUUAAUCCUGGACUUCAGGAAAAAAAAAAACCCUCCACAGCCUCUAUUCAUUAGCGGGACUGAGGUGGAGAGGACAGACAGCUACAGAUUCCUGGGACUGCAGGUAACAUCUGACCUGAGCUGGGCUUGUAACACCACAGCCACAGUGAAAAAAGCCCAGCAAAGACUGUACUUCAUCAGGCUGCUCAGGAAAGCUGGACUGAACCACCGCCCUCUCACCCUGGCCUACAGAGGACUGAUAGAGAGCAUCCUCACCACAGGCAUCACUGUCUGUGUAAGGAUGGCAGAAGAAAUCAGUUAUGCUACUGUGGUUUUCAAAAAUGGUGUUCAACCUCCCAAAGCAGAGAAAAAGGAGGAUGACACAGUUUAUGCUACAGUACAAGUUGCUACCCUCCCAAGCAAGACACCAACAGAUGUUGAAGCAGCUGCAGAGUCUCGAUACUUUUAUCUGCUGCUGGUGUCUUUGGUGAUACUUUGCGUCCUCCUUGUGACGUGCAUCGCUGCCAUUAUCUCCAUCUGUGUGCUAAUGGCUAACCGUGCAGAAACCUUCUCAGCGGCCCUCAGCAACCUGACAUUGGUGAAACAGCAGCUGAUCAUGGAGAGAAACCUCCUAGAGAAUCAGACUGAGAAGCUGCUCAGAGACAUAGACAAUCUCAACUGGACACUCGGAAUCAUCCUGAAACAUGACACGUUCCCAGUCAAUGAGUUCUGCCCUGACAAACAGUGUCAGCCAUGUCGGAAACAAUGGAUUCAUUUCCAGGAAAAGUGCUACUGGUUUGAUGAGAGACCCCCUUCAUGGAAGACAUGGGAUCAAAGCCAGAGGCUUUGCAAGGACAAAUGUGCAGAUCUGGUUGUUAUCGACAGUCAACAAGAACAGGAAUUCAUCGGUUUACACACUAAAGAGUACUACACCAGAAAUCAUGGAUACUGGAUGGGAUUACGGAAAAAUGAUGAAGGAAAGUUGCUCUGGGUUGAUGGACGCAAUGUCACUUUAGGGUUCUGGAGUAAGGACUCUGACAGGAGUGAGCCGUGUGUCUCGUUUAUCCCCGUGGAAAAUAUCACAGCCAACUGGAGAACAAGAUCAUGUUCCAUGCAAAACAAAUUCAUCUGUGAGACUGCUGUCCUGAUCCGGACCUCGGUUCAUUAGCAACCGUCAGUUUCUUUUUCUCUGCAAAACCAUAGCGACGGCUUUUGAACAGGAGACAAUUCAAACACACAGAAAAAGAAUGAUAGGAUGUUUCAGUAUGUAAGUGAGCAUCAUUUUGGAAAUGCAUUGUGUUCCAUCAGCUACACUGUGUCACUUGUAUUUUGAAUAUUAAGUCAAGAAACAACUCUUCAGAAACAAGACUUCCGUUGCUUGUUGUGAGAAUAUUUCUGUUUAUUUCUGUGUACGACUGAACGUAGUUUACUGACUUGUUCUGUCACCUCUUGUAUUAUUGUGUAUUUGCCCGACUCGAUCCAGAAACAUGAACUCUCAGCCUCGUAAUACUGGACAUGAAAUUCACAAUCACACGGUCACCAGGACAUUCCGCUCCACAGGAAGUGACUAAAUCGAACGUUUUUGGUCAAACCUGUUGUAAGCCGUUGGAACAAAGUGUUGAGGCGUCACCUCGUGUCCCUUCUUUGACAAACUUCCUGAUUUCUUCAUCUGUGUUCACUCACUCAGCUGCAGUAAAUGUGUACAUGCAGUAUAGAAGAAUCCUCUGCUGAAACCACAAGGCAAAA